UACGAGCUGAAUUUGAAAUUGAAGAACCGGCGGCUGACAAGAGCCGAAUCUACGAAUCCGCAAAUUUACCGAAUUCGACUCGCAUCGAAACGCAGUAACUAGAUUAAUGUUUACCCUGCCUUUGGACUUUCCAUGUAGUUUCUAAAUUGAACUACAGUUGUUAAUCUCUUGGGAACAGGAAGAGUGUCCGCUCCGAAUUUUAGUGUUUUGAUUUUGUCGUCCGUGGAAAGGAACCGCAAAGAACAAAAUUAUAAUUUGUCUGAAUGUGAAGGACAGAGUUUAAUCGGAGAGUUUUAGCGGAUUCUUUGAGGGCAACGCGAGCUAAGCUGUGCUAGCUGCAGGAGACUAGCAUCUGUUAUCGUGUACAAACAACAAACUCCACUAAAGCUACUCCAGUGAAGCGGCUUUGUUUACUUUAUACAGAAUAGUAAAGAACAGCGACCUUCAUUAUUUAUUUUUAACUCUUUCACCGUUAACGGCGAAUUCAUCACGUUAAGUGGUCGGUAGUGGGUGUUUUUUUUCUUCUUCCUGGUGGCGAGUCUGAACAUGAGCUGUGUGCUUGUUAAGUGAUAACAACCAGUCAACACAGUUCACUGGAUACUGGCCGGUUGGAGUGUACUGGUGAUGAUGGCCCGGAGGAGGUUGGACAGUCGCAGUGGAUCCACGGUUCUGCUGUCAGAGAUCCACACUCAGAUCCACACGGAUCCUCUGGACGCUGUGUUUGACAUGAGCAAUGAGCUGGGCAGGGGGAAGUUUGCAGUAGUGAAGAGGUGUGUGGAAAAGUCCACAGGGAAAGUCUUGGCUGCAAAGUUCAUCAAGAAGCGGCGACGAGGUCGUGACUGCAGAGCUGAGGUCGUUCAUGAGAUCGCUGUUUUAGAGGCAGCAAAGAACAACCCUCGUGUGGUGAACCUUCACGCUGUGUAUGAGACCGAUCAUGAGAUCGUUUUACUGCUAGAAUAUGCGGCGGGUGGUGAGAUAUUUGAUCACUGCAUGUCAGAGGAACUGCUGCCCGAGGGUCAGAUCACUCGUCUGAUCAGACAGACGCUAGAGGGAAUUCAUCUACUACACCAGAGCAGUGUGGUCCACCUGGACUUAAAGCCCCAGAACAUUCUCCUCACCGGUCUGAGCCCAUUGGGGGAUAUAAAGAUUGUUGAUUUUGGACUGGCCCGCAGGUUGGGUUCAGCUGGAGAACUCAGAGAAAUUCUGGGCACCCCUGAGUAUGUAGCCCCUGAGAUCCUAAACUAUGAGCCAAUCACAACGGCAACAGACCUUUGGAGCGUGGGUGUGAUAGCCUACAUGCUGGUGACAGGAGAGUCUCCCUUCGCCGGCGAUGAUAAACAGGAGACCUUCCUAAACGUAUCCCAGGUGAAUGUGGACUACAGCAGUGAGGCCUUCUCCAGGGUCUCUGAACUGGCUGUCGACUUCAUCCAGAAACUGUUGGUCAAAGCACCAGAGGAUCGUCCCAGUGCAGCAGACUGCAUGACCCAUCCCUGGUUGUGGCUCCCUUGCACAGGUUCCGAUCUGAUCCCUGUAACCUCACGCACUCCCCGGGAGAGGAGUUUCGGUGGUAAAUGGUCGGCGCCACCCGAGGACCCUGAAGACAAAGAGAACAUUGAGGAAUCUCCACACGCCAAGAGGUUUCGUUUCGAAGAGGAUACGUCUGCAACAUGGGACGGUGAACACAUAUGCUGAUCCAUAAGGGAAUUGCACUUGCACUGAAAAGCAUUAUUUCUCAUUUUUGGUGCCUUUUCUUUUGGCCUGAGUACUCUCCCAUACAGCACCAGCAAAAAUGCUUCUGUACUUCUGCUGUUGUGACCAUCCUUCGGCCAAACCAAAGAUGCAGACUUUGCCCUAUUGAUACACAAUAGGGCAAAGUCUGGUGUAAUAUUAUAUAUUCAUAUUAUUCUAGUGAUAUUCUAAAUAUCUAUGUUGCUGUCCUGUUUCAAGAUUUGGGUUGCGUAUUUUUUCAUGUCAUAUUUUGAUUUUAAAUGUUUAAUUUGAAUAUGUAAUUUGUUUUUUUAAUGCUGUUCAGUACCUAUUUAAUUAUCUCUGGAUCUUGGUCCAAAUCUCAACAGUAAUUCCAUUAUUCCACUUCAAGCAACAAUAAGGGAAGGUUUUUAAAGAGACCGACAGUACACAUUCCAUGGUUUUAAACUUUGACUCGAGAUUUAGAGCACAAAAUGUAUUUUAAAAUGAAAUUUUCUGCUUGUAAACAAUAGAAUGUUUUUCUGUUUCAGUGGGAUGUUCAACCAUUGUUUUGGUUGUUGUGUCAAAAUUCAAAAUAAUUUAAAAAGCUUCAGUACAGGAGUGCCCUGAGUUUAUGGGUGUGUUACAUCCUCUUUCUUGUCGAAUUGAAAAAUCAGAGGGCACAUAAAAAUGUGACUCAGCACAACACACCCUGGAUUACACAAAUAUGUGUUGGCAUUCGACUCAGAACUUCCUCCUAGAGAAUGACUAAGGAAAUGCAGGAAAGCACUUAAAGCCCUUAUUAUAUGAGAAUUAUAACUAAAAUAUGAGCACGUUUUUUUAACAGCAUUGAAUUUAGUAAAUCAAGUGUAUCUAUUGCUUUUAAAAUGAAAAUCAAUCUUUUUUACUGCCAUCAUUCUGUGUAAUAAAUGUGUUCUCUCAGCACUGAAUGUUGUUCUUAAGCAACAUUCUAGCAGUCUCUACAGCAGGCGUAAUAGCGUAUUGCUUUGGGAGUGCUGUAAAGAAAAUAGCCUAUGAUACAUAUUCUUGAAUUGUUCAAUGCUCCUGUCUGAGGUUACUCAGGGUUUGUUGACUUGCUACCUUUUUGAAGAGGUGUAUUAAGCUAAUGCCAUUAACCAUGGAGGUUUCAGUACUUGUCCAUUCCAAGCCUUGUUCUCAGGGUUAGCUGUAACUGCACAGUUUACCAGUAUAUGUUCCUUGAGUGCCUUUCUGUGCAGUUUUUCUGUAUUUUUUAAGAUGGACACUCACACUUGAUCUCAUGUAGGACAAGUACAGCACAUUUCUGUGGAUGUAUUAUACAUUUUUUCACUCUUGUAUUUGACAUACCGGAAUGCAUAUAGAUCCUACACACUUUUAUGUCAGAUCUUUGUAUACACACAAAGCUAUGCAUUUAGUUAUGAAGUAUAUUCUGUAUACAGUGGUAAAUAUAAAGGCAAAAGCAAAGUGUUGAAUGUUAUAGUUAUGCUCUUAGAAUAUGUAGGGCAUGGACGAUUUUGUUGGUUUAUGGAUGAUGUUCAGAUGGUAAAGUAUGUUUGGUUAUGAUGAAAGUAAGGUACAGUAGAUGCAUUCUGUAAUAAAAUGAAGGCAAAUUAAUGCUAGAAUAGGCGAAACCCUUUAUUGUGAUGCAAAUCAAAUUAGAAUAAGAAUUAUGCACAGUGUUGGGUAAAUUACUUAAAGAUAGUAAUCCAGUACAAAUGAAAAAAAUUAAUUACUAAUUACUUCAUUGAGAAAGUAAUCACAUUACUAAUUACUUUACAUUUAAGUUGCAUUCUUAAACACUUUUCUGCUUAAGAAAUUCAAAAUAAUAUAUGAUAUUUCCGUUCAAAUGUAAGCGCCUCACAUUUCUCCUUCACAAUGACUCAUUACUGGACCAUAAUUCAUAUCUACAUACAUUUAGAAAUAAGCAUAACCCUAUAAUGUACUUAAAUAUCUGAUUAUAAGAGUUUAAAGUGUAAUUACACUACUUUUGGACUGAAGUGAUUAGAUUACAGGUACUAAUUACUUUGUAGUUGGAUUACACCCAACACUGCACAUCACAAAGUGUGCAUUAAGGCAUUGAAAACAAGCCAGGCAAAAAAAAAACACUUUUUUUUAAUUCUUUUUAUUGAAUAUAUUGUUGACUGCUUUUCUGAGCGGUUGUUAGAACUGGAAAUGUUAGUAUUUCAGAGUUCAGUCUUGGAGGUUGAGGCCUUCAGCUUUUUGUUCUCUGUUUAAAGGUGUGAAGAGCUCAUCGGUGUUUGUGUUCUGGAGGCUUUAUGUCACCAGCCUGCACUCAUAAUAGGGCCAUUGUGUCAUAAAACGAGAGGCUCUCAUCACGGUCAUGCACUCACUGUAUGCUGUCAUCUUAAAGGAAAACUUCAAUCUUUUCCCUGCCUGAGAAUCUGCCUUAAUAACGUGUUAGGGCCAUGAUGUAUUUAAAGCUGUAAUUCAACAGGGAAUAUGCCAGACUUUUGAGGGCAUUUCAAAGCAGCCACUGGUUUUACAGAAAGCUUACCAUUUCACAAACGUUGUAACUUUGCAAAAGGACACUUAAGGGAUAAACUUUGUAGAUCAUUUUCCUACUUGUCUUAAAGAGUGGAUAAGGGAAAAAUUAUGCUUCAUUUGAUGAUUAAAACUGUGUAUUUUGAAUUAUAUGUAUCAGAAUAAAUGAUGUUCAGUUUAUUUACACGAUCUAAUAUAGCCGUGAAGUACCCUUAAUAUAGAUUUGAUGUUGCUGAUUUUAUGGACAAUAAGUGUAACAAAUUCAGUGAUCAAACAUCACGCACACGUCCACUUGUAAAAGGGCUUAAUAUCUACAAUUUUGACUUUCUCUGACACCUGCACAUAAUAAAUACUUCUAUUUCUGCAAUGCACCAUGAGACUCCUUUUGCUCAAUUUCCACAGGAAUGUGUACAGCACAUGUAGACCUAAAGCCUUUCACAAAGUUCAAGGAUAGUAAAGCUGUGUAUUUAAAACAGGGGGAACGAAGAUCAAAAUUUCAGCCCAAUUUGAUCAAAAUAAGCAUUUGAAUUUGUUAUAAAAUGUUUUAGCGCACCACUAGCACAACCAAAUGCAAUUUGAAAAAUCAAAACAGCUUUCUGCAUGCGCCCAUGCUUCUGAACAAUGAUGACAAUAGCAUUU